GGCGAGGAGGGGUUAGGGUUUUAGAUCGAUCUCUGCACCAUUCAUAUCGGAAAUUUCGGCAAAAAUGUUUCCCGGAAUGUUCAUGCGGAAGCCGGACAAGGCGGAGGCGCUGAAGCAGCUGAAGAGUCACGUGUUGAUGUUCGGAGUUUGGGUGGCGGUCGUCCGUGUUACACCGUAUGUUCUCCACUACUUCUCCGAUCAUAACGAGGAGCUUAAGCUCGAACUCUGAUUUCCGCUUUUCAGCCAUUAUGUGCCCGUACCGUGUGCACUGAGAUUGGUGCUGAGUCUCACAAUGCAGUCAGUAUUCACUUAUGCCUCUGAGAUGGUUCCAUUAGUUUCAUGUUUCUUUAUCAGUCUCUUGAAUUGAGAAUGAAUAUAUGACUUUCUUAAAUUUUCAUGAUGAUUUUUAUUUCGGCGGGGUUGUUGAAUAUUAUAGUUGCAAUAUGUUCUCAAAUAUGGGCUCUAUUUCUUACCAACAAUGAAUUCAAUUGCAAUUUCAGAAAUUGUAUGAACACCUAGGUAGCUCAAA